GCAACGGACGCUUGAGAGCGGUGCACCGCGUCCCGCCGGAAGUACUUUCCUGGGCGGAAGCUUCUGAGCGCAUAUAGCGGAAGUGCCUUCGAAUUAGCUCUCUUUGGUCUCGGCGGCAGAAGCGAGAUGACGAAGGGAACGUCCUCGUUUGGAAAGCGUCGGAAUAAGACGCACACGUUGUGCCGCCGCUGUGGCUCUAAGGCCUACCACCUUCAGAAGUCGACCUGUGGUAAAUGUGGCUACCCUGCCAAGAGGAAGAGGAAGUAUAACUGGAGUGCUAAAGCUAAAAGACGAAAUACCACCGGGACUGGUCGAAUGAGGCACCUAAAAAUUGUAUACCGAAGAUUCAGGCAUGGAUUCCGUGAAGGAACAACACCCAAACCCAAGAGGGCAGCUGUUGCAGCAUCCAGUUCAUCUUAAGGAUUUCAAUUAUUAGUCACGCAAUAAAUGUUCUGGCUUUGAAAAAC